AUUUUCUAGUUCAUUUUACAGAGAAAGAGAGUAAAAGAUAUACAGUAGAGUUUUCUUUCUUCUUGUUUUGUUUCCUGCUUUGGGUUUUUGCCAUGGCUGGUUCUGCGGCAGCCAGUGAUCAGAGUCUGAGAGGAUCGGUUGAAGUUGGAAGGGAUGGGAAUGGAGUUGAGAUGAUUUUGCUUCGGAAUCCUAAGGGGGCUACUGUUGAGGUUAGUUGCCAUGGAGGGCAGGUUCUAUCAUGGAAGACAGAGCGUGGGGAAGAACUGUUGUUCAUGGGUAGUAAGGCUGUCUACAAGCCUCCACCACAUGCAGUGCGAGGAGGAAUUCCCAUAUGUUUCCCGAAGUUUGGCACUCAAGAAACACUUGAGAAACGUGGAUUUGUCAUGGGCAGGCUUUGGACCAUUGAUCGUGAUCCACCACCAUUGCCAGAAAGUGGCAUGACCCAUGUUGACUUGCUACUUAAUCCAUGUGCAGUUGAUCUCAAGAUCUGGCCACACAACUUCAAGUUUCAUCUUAGGGUGGCUCUGGCAGAUGAUGGAAGCCUGAUUCUGGUUUCACGUGUCCUGAAUGUCUGUAGCAAGCCAUUCACUUUCACAUUUGCGUAUCUCGCGUAUUUGGCUGUCUCUGAUAUUGGUGAAGUGAGAGUAGAGGGAUUGGAAACUUGUGACUAUCUUGACAACCUUAAAGGAGGGAUGCGCUCAACCGAGCAAGCAAUUUCCUUGUCAUUUGAUUCUGAGGUGGAUAGGGUCUAUGUGGAAGCAGAAGGUGUCAUUGAAGUGUUAGAUCAUGAAAAGAGACGAACCUUGAAAAUAAAUAGAGAAGGACUUCCAGAUGUUGUGGUGUGGAACCCAUGGGAUAAGAAAUCCAAAGCCAUUGCAGAUUUUGAAAAGAAUGACUACAAGAGAAUGAACUCUUCCAGCUCAAUCUUUACAUUAUCAUGUUUGCUUUCUCUGGUUUUGCAGGUUGCAUUUAGGACAAAGGUGUUUCACCCUAAUAUCAACAGCAAUGGUAGCAUUUGCCUCGAUAUUUUGAAGGAACAGUGGAGCCCUGCCCUAACCAUAUCCAAGGUGUUGCUUUCAAUUUGUUCGCUGUUGACAGACCCAAAUCCUGAUGACCCCUUGGUACCGGAGAUUGCGCACAUGUACAAGACCGACAGGAGCAAGUAUGAGACAACUGCAAGGAGCUGGACCCAAAAGUAUGCAAUGGGCUAGCUAGCUAGCUGCUAUGCAGGGUAUGGUGGCCUUAUUACUCGGUGGGAUAGUUCUUUUUUAUUAUGAAUCAAUAUGUGGUGUGUCUCUUGAUUCGGGUGGACCCUAAUCCCGCAUCUAAGAAUAAUGGUUUAAGUUGUUUGAAUGAGAAAUUGUCUUAAAAACCUAAAACUGUAGUAUUUUACUUCAGAGAUACCCUCACGGCCCCAUUCCCACUCCUACUCCCUCUCUAGUCCGAACACAGAAGACGUUUUAUCAAACCCCUUUCUGCGCAAGAAGUCAAGUCCACGGAAAUUGAGGCCUAAAGUACAAAGUUUUGAGUAACUUAUAUGGGCCUCCACAUGACCAAUGAAUAGCAUGUGGACCU